AUGUCGGUGGUGCGCCGGAAGUUCGGCGACGAAUACCAGGCUGUGGUGGGCACGUCGGCGCGGCGGAAGCGCCAGCGCUUUGUGGACAAGAACGGCCGCUGCAACGUCCAGCAUGGCAACCUGGGCAGCGAGAACAGCCGCUACUUGACGGACCUCUUCACCACCCUGGUGGACCUCAAGUGGCGCUGGAACCUGCUCAUCUUCCUGCUGACCUACACGGUGGCCUGGCUGGUCAUGGCCUCCAUGUGGUGGGGGAUCGCCUACUUGCGGGGAGACCUGGACAUGCACCACGGGCACAGCCCUGGGCACAACCCUUGCGUGGCCAACGUCUACAACUUCCCCUCGGCCUUCCUCUUCUUCAUUGAGACGGAGGCGACCAUCGGAUACGGGCACCGCUACAUCACAGAGCGCUGCCCUGAGGGCAUCGUGCUCUUCCUCUUCCAGUCGCUACUGGGCUCCGUGGUGGACGCCUUCCUCAUUGGCUGCAUGUUCAUCAAGAUGUCCCAGCCCAAGAAGAGGGCUGAGACCCUCAUGUUCAGCCGCGCCGCGGUCAUCUCCAAGCGAGACGGGAAGCUGUGCCUCAUGUUCCGCGUGGGGAACCUGCGCAACAGCCACAUGGUCUCGGCCCAGAUCCGCUGCAAACUUAUCAAGUCACGACAGACGCCAGAAGGUGAAUUCCUGCCACUAGACCAAUGCGAGCUCGAUGUUGGAUUCGGAACUGGGGCCGACCAACUGUUCCUCGUCUCUCCUCUCACCAUCUGCCAUGAAAUCAACGAAAAGAGCCCCUUUUUUGCCCUCUCGCAGAGAUCACUACGGAGCGAGCAGUUCGAGAUUGUCGUUAUCCUGGAAGGCAUCGUCGAAACUACAGGGAUGACGUGCCAAGCCAGGACUUCCUACACAGAAGAUGAAGUUCUCUGGGGCCACCGGUUCCUCCCUGUGAUGUCGCUGGAAGAUGGUUUCUUCCGCGUGGAUUACUCUCAGUUCCACGGAACGUUUGAAGUCCCCACUCCCCCCUACAGCGUGAAAGAGCAGGAAGAGAACCUCUCUCUCCCUUCGCCUUUGAACACCCCUACGGGGAGCAACCGAAGCAGGAGGGAAAAGAUCUCCUCCCUCGAUGGCCUGGAUUUUUUCGAAGAAAAGGGCAGCAGGCUCCCCAGCAAAUUCCAGAAAAUCUGCUCCGGGAAACGGGAGCUCCACAGAGGGGUCCUCAGCCUUUGCUCCAGCAACGUGGAGAAAGCAUGUAGCACGGGAGAUCUGCUCAAAAUCCAGCAGAUCACCUCCGUCUGCGGCACAGAAGACGGGGGCGAGAAGUUGAUGUCGGCAGCCUUCAAAACCAAAUCGGAGCUGCUGGCUCGCUCCACCGGGAACCUCGAACUCCAGCAAAGGCCUCAAACCUUGCUCACCUUGGGAGCGGCGUUAGAUCAUGAGAAUUUGCCCGCCAAGCUGCGGAAAAUGAACUCGGGACACCUGUCCUAAAAGGGAGCAGAAGCCCAAAUGAGACGCAGUUUUCCUUUUUAACUCCUGGAUUUCUCGGGUUACUACU